AUGGGACCACGUGGACCACCCGGACCCGAUGGCGAUGAGGGUGAUCCGGGACAUGAUGGAGAAUGCGGAGCGGAUGGUAGCAAACCUCAUGAUGGUCAUAUGGGAUCAAUGGGUGUGUACGGAGAAAUGGGGCCGCCUGGACCGCAAGGACCUCCUGGAGACCCAGGAGAGCCUGGUGGAACUGUCACCUACAAAAGGGGAUCGCCUGGACCACCUGGACCAAUGGGGGCGAUGGGACCACCAGGACCAGUAGGACCAGAAGGUCCAGAGGGACCUCCAGGAGCACCUGGACCAAUGGGACCUAUGGGACCGCCCGGAAAAGAUGGAAAGAAAGCAAAGGAUGGAGGACAUGGAAAAAACGGAGAAGAUGGUAAACCAGGCAAAAAUGCCGAGUACUGUCCUUGCCCACCGAGAGACGCGGCGCCAAAGGACAAAACAGCUUAUGCGCUACACCGUUCUGCUCACGAUGAAGACUCGAAUAAUGAAGAGAACAGUGAGAACUUCAAGAAAGUAAAGAAGGUUGUCAAGAAAAGUGUGGACGAAUCGCAUGUAGCCAAUGACACCGAGCUACUGGAGCCUGCUCAACGUCCGACGGUCAAUGACAUUACUAUGCUUGGUGGCAACGAUACCGUAUCUCUUGGCGGGAACAACGAUACCACCCUAUUAAUGGAAGUUGGACUGAGCAAGAUUAACUAA